UUAAAGAUUAAGCCAUGAGAUAGCCAAGAGGAUACUACUUAACUUUAAUCUUCAAAAAACGAGUAGGGAUAAGAAAAUGGAAGAAAAUAAAGAAUAUCGUCAAAGUCACUACAAGAGAGAAGAUCAACAGGAUGUCAACAUGUCUGACACUCAAUAUCUCUCUGGAAAGAAACGGAAGAAGAAGGUAAUCGGAAGAUGGUCCAAAGAAGAGCAUGACUGAUUUGUCAACUGUCUCAAAGUUCAUGGCAAAGACUGGGAUAAGUUGGAAGAAAUGAUCCCUACCAGAUCUGGAGUCCAGAUCAGGUCUCAUCUUCAGAAGUACUUUGAAAGGAUCAAGAAGGAGUUCAGCACCAAUAAUCCAAUGGAGUUUAUCAUGAAGGACAUGUGCGAUAUUUCCAAGGUUUAUAAAUUUGAUAAAUCAAUGAUCAAGCAGGACUCCAACCCAGACCCCACUCAAGACUUAGUAGGUCUCUACCAGAACAGAUCUUACAACAAGAACAGAAGCGAAGAGGAGCCUAUCAUGAAGAAGUUGAUUCAGGAGCCUACUAAGAAUUAAAGAAAAUGCUGAUAACAAGAAGAGAGAGAUGAAAGAAAAAUCUAAAAGAAUUGAGCUAGAUGUCCAAAAUGGGACUGAUAGUCACAAGAGAAGAGCGAAUAGCUCAGAGAACUCAUCUAUUAAGCUGUUUAAGAUACAGAAAGUUGCGAAGAAUGCUACUGAGUCUAUAUCUUACUCAAACUCAGACGGGCAGAAGAAUAACUCUAUGGAUAAUGAACAGUCUGUUAAGCUUAACAAACCUAGCAAGAAAACGGGCUCCUCUUUGCGAGAGAAGAAGGGAUGUAGUGUCAUUGUGAUGAAUAAAGGAGAGAUCAUAAUUCAAGGCAACCAGAUCAUCACUUCUGUCCCGUGAAAAUUCGAAAAACUAAAGGAUUCAGUGACUGCUAUUACUCCUACAAAACCUGUAAGGAUUAUUAUUGAAGAGAUUAGCUCCUCGAGUGCUGAAAAUUCAGAUUCUGAGAAGAAGGUCGUCUUUGAAAAGAAGGUUAGUUACAAGAAAUACAAGAAACCAGAGAUAGCAGAUAAGAAAGACUCAUCUACAGCUAAUACUCGGAGUACUGUAAAGACGAGUAAGAGAAAUCCUUCGCUUGGAUCUCUGUACCCUUACCAGAUACAGGGCUAUGAGCUUUUAUUGAGCCAUUACUGCACUUGCACUGAUUAAUUCAGACCAAAUACUUAAAAUUUCUAAUCAAUUUUAAUGUGAAUUAUCU